GGAGAAAGCAGCAGUGGAAUGGAAAUUAGAGAGACCAAAUAUCAAAAUCCCAGUGACAACAGACAAUGUGAGAAACAUAUCCAAUGCAACAAAGGAUGCUGGAAUGUCACCAAACAUUGCAUGUUUUGCACACACUUUGAAUCUGGCAGCACAGAAGGGGCUGGGAGUGAAUCAGAUGCACCGUAUACUGGGCAAAGUCAGGAGGAUAGUAGCCUUUUUCCACCGUAGUACAACUGCAGCAGCUGUCCUUGACACCAAACAAAAACAGCUUUUGCUUCCCAAUCACAAGCUGGUAAUGGAUGUGGUGACACGGUGGAACUCCAGCUAUGAGAUGCUAGAACGCUACAUAGAGCAGAAAGCUGCAGUUUAUGCUGCACUCACAGAUGAAAGUGUCAAAAAGAAUGUGAAAGCCCUCAUCACCUUGUCUGAUGAAGAGCUUAAAACAGUGGAGAUGGUCGUUGAGAUCCUGCAGCCACUGAAAAAAAUCACUGAUGCACUAAGUUCUGCACAGAAUCCCACUGUCUCCAUGAUCCGUCCCCUCUAUCACUGGGUCCUGAUUGCUAUGGAACCCAGUGCCAAAGAUUCACCUACAGUAAGGGACCUGAAAUCUGCCAUAGAAGCUAACUGGAAGCCGAGGUAUUCAGACCCAUCCCUCCAACUCUUCCUGGAUGAGACCACUGAGCUUGAUCCGAGGUUCAAGUCUCUGUCCUACCUGGAUGCAUUAACUCGGAGUGAGAUCUUCAAAAGUCUGACUGAUAAAAUCCUGCAACCGCAUCCCAGACAGGCCUCUGGAGAAGAGACUGGCCAGAGCAGUGCUGGAGAUCAGACAGCAUCAGCAGCUGCAGGUCCCCCAGCAAAGAAAUCAGCUCUUAGUGAACUGUUUGGCGAUUUCUUCAGCCAUGGCCAGGCAGUAGCUGGAGCCUCCAAACCAUGGCCUCAAGUUGUGGAAGAGGAAGUUCAGCAGUAUAGGUUGGCUCCAGUCAUCGAACUUGAAGAAAAUCCUCUGAAAUGGUGGAAAGAAAAUAAGCUGUCGUACCCACAUUUGUCAAAGCUGGCCAAAAGUUGCCUUCCUGUUCAAGCACCAAGUGUUCCAAGUGAACGAGUAUUCUCAACAGCAGGGGAUGUCGUUACAGCUCACAGGAGAUGUCUGGAUCCACAAAAUGUGAACAUGCUCAUCUUCGUAGCCCUAUAUACUGCAGUCACUUCCACCUGAAAUUUCUACUGAAGUUCACUAAUAUCCAUCCAUCCAUCCAUCCAUCCAUUCUCUAUACACCACUUUAUCCUCACUAGGGUUGUGGGGGGUGCUGGAGUCUAUUCCAAAUAUGGGAUGCGCAGCGCGAGGUGCACGUUUAUGAAAACUACCUAUUUGUGGAUUGCUUACUGACUUCAAGACAUGUUUUGGACAAAACAUUUUACUGGCUUGUUUUGUCUGGAUGUCCAAGGUUGGAUUAUGGCUGUUUUUUGUGCAAUAUUUUCAUCUGUGACUAGUUAUGAGCCUUCAAAGGUGAGUUGUGCUGUUUACGUGAUUUGCUGUUUGUUGGACAAAUGUGUUUUUCUCACCCGCUGUGGUAAUCACAUCUGAAAGUGGUUUAUACCGGCGGAUUCAUGAGAAUCUAAGCUUUCCAUCAGCGUAUAAUGUUUCUAUCAUCGAGUUUGCAGCUUCGGUCAAUUUAGCAAAAUACGUUUGCACAUCUCAAGACGUCCCGAAUACGCUGAAGUUUAACAGGAGAAUUACAAAAUCACUGAUUGAAUAUUUAGUCACAUUUCUUGUUUGUCAAGCACUUACCUGUUCAAACACUAAGAAACAUAGGUACAUAGGUCAGAAUGUGGACCAAAUAACAAUUAUCUUUGGAUCCAGUUCAUGUUCAUUUUAUUUAGAUUUUGUUUAGAGUAGAGCUUAAGAAGACUGUUGUAACUCAGCAGAAUCUGAAAAAUAGAAUUAUUGGGCACAAACCCAGUCCCAUGUUGUUGGGUGCUAUUUUCAUUUCCUUUGAGUUCAGGAGUCUCACCAGGGUCAAUAAAUGUCUGAGGAGGAAUUCUGCAUAUGCACACUGGCCUGCAUCUUGAAAGGUUGAGAGUGUUGUUAUGUAAAAAGUGUGCUAUUUAUUUGACUAUUUAUUUUCAUGGCAGGACCACAUUGCUCACAAGUGUUUUGUUAUAUUUUUAUUUUUAUACGCUGGGUAAAAUAAAAGUGCCUUAUUGAGAAACAAACAAGGGUUUUUUUUCUUUUCAAAUCAAGACAAUAAUAUAAAUUAAUACAUAUAGCACUCAGACCUAGAAAAAAACGCACUUUUUAAUUUUUAAUUUGUACCGAGAAUCGUACCAAACCGUGAGCUUAAAAUCAAAAGUUGAACCGAACUGUGGCUUGGGCGUAUCGUGACAGCCCUAGUAAUCAUAUGUAGAGCAGGGGUCUGUUUCAUGAAGCAGGUUUUACAAACUCUGAGUUUCUUCCACAACUCUGAGUUGAUCUACUCUGAGAUAGAAAACUCUGAGUUUUCGGUUUCACAACGGCUGAUAUGAGUUGAUUUUGACCCGGAGUUAAGCGCGUGCACCGCAACUCUGAAAAGACAGCAUCAAUGGAGCCCCGAUUCGACGAGUCACCAUGGAAACGGGAAAGCGAAAGGCUGCGUUUUUGAACUGGAAGUUUUUAAUGCGCUCAUAUGGCGAGUUUGAACACGUUUUUAGAAAGAAGUGCAACACCGCUGCAGCUGCAAAAGAGAGAGAGACGGCGUGGAGAACAGCCCGGAUCAAUGCGAUGAAGAGGAUGAAACUGUGUCUGCUGCCUUUACAGAGGGGGAUCCAGAAAGGCAUACAGAGCUAUGUUACUGAUAGUUCUCUUCUCAUUCACAUUUUGGGUGGAAUAUAGAGUGUGACAUUUAGCCUACACUGAAGUAUUGCACAUUCUCAUCCUUUUUAACAGAGCAUGGCUGGACAGCAGCAGGAUGGUUCCUCAGCUUCCACUGCACAGACUGACACAGUGAGAUGGAUGUUCAGGAAACACCAGAGCUUCAUUCUGUGGAAUUCAUGUGCAACUGUAUCAUUGAAUGUCCUCUAUGUAUUCCCAGUUAUCAGUAAAACAGAUUUACAAACUGCAUUUGCUGAUAAAAAUCCAAAAACAGAUUAGGAGGGCAGAUCUGGAAAUUGAAAUACUGGAGCACAAGUUAGAGGUGGUGAUGGUCACAGGAGAAUUAUGUUAACUACUGGAACAUGAACUGAACUAUCUCUUUUAUUUGUAGGAAAUAAAGAAGAGCAAAUGAAA